GUGAAUAAUUGUAACAAGUGGUUUUCUUGGUUAAUGACAUUGAAUUAGUUUGUUUUAAUUGUUACUAAUUUAUUUUUCUUUCAAUCAAUUGUUAUUUAUUAAUGUUUAUUAGUUGAUUUACUUUUACAAUAAUUAGGGUGUUAAAAUGUUUUCUCAAUCCAUGAGAGAUCAACUUCAACCUCCUCCAGGUCAAGAGGAAGUUCCUUGGCUCUUCUCAACUCUGGCCCGUGGAGUCUCAACGAUUGCUGGUUUAUUAUCGAUAUUCUUUGGUAUAUGGGCUAUGAUUGGAUUUGAUUUUAGUUGCUUACUUGCUGGUAUUUUACUUAUUUGUGAAGGUAUUGCUGUUACUCUAAUUGAAUCACCUUGUCUAUGUGUUUUUUUGGAUUUUGCUCAUCUUCCAAGUCGUUUCUAUGAAGGAAAACCACACUGGUGGAAAGCUUCGACUUAUGCAUUAUUUUCAGUGAUACCUUUCUUUAUAUGUCAAAACUUUUCCACUAUAUUAUCCUGUUGUUUAUUGGCAGCUGCAUCUGCUACUUAUUUGAUUCUUAGCUUGGGAAAGAAAGCAAGUGUUGAAGAAAUGAGAACUAAAGCAAUGUCAGAGAAUCCAAGUGCCAUCCUAGUGAAUAAUGAAGCCGCAAUCGACAAAUCAGGACCAGCUCAGUUUACACCAUCGGUAGCUCUUGGUGACAUGAGAAAUAAUCAGCCAACAAUUGUUACAUAUUGAUUUUAACGAAAACAUUCAAUGCAAACAAUAUAAAUCAUCAAUAAUUGAUCAAACCAUGAAAGAAAGGGGAAAAGACACUUUUACUGAAAAAGGAACUUCAUCUGGCAUCUUUGAUCCAAUCAAUAUGUGUGAUUGUGUUUACAUCAUUCAUAUUGAUCAAAGUUUAAGAUGAACAAUCAACCUAAUUACAUUCACUGUCCAUUGAAAAUCAUAAAACUCUCUUCCACCAAGAUGUCAUCCUAUUCAUUUUAACUUCAUCAGAACUUCCAUCUUUUUAUCGUCUUCCUUUACCUACGAAACCACAAUGGAGAUGAUUCUCAACUGUUCUUAACCAUUUUUCUUCUCUCUCUCUCUCUCACAUCUAAUCCAUGAUGUUAUCGUCAUCCAUGUCUCUUAUAUAUCAAAUGUCACACCCUCGCCCACCAUGAAUUCACACUUCCAGUUCCACUUUUCGUCCUCUCUUCAUCACCACCGUCGCCUUCAAAUAUUUUAGUCCAUUUUAUUUUUCAAAAAAGGAAACUUAAUUAUAAACUUUAAUCAACUUUC